AUGUAUGUACUUAUGUAGAUCAGAGUUCGACACAUAAACUAUAUGAAUAAUUAUUCAAUAAGAAAAUUGUAAAAUAAAUCAUCUUUCAAAUAUAUAAUUUGAAUGCUAUAAAAUUGAGAACGUGUCAGAGACGCUUGGACGCCAUGAUGGACGGCAUAUGUGAUACUGCCGACAUUUUAAAUAACGUUCCUGCUAAAAAGACAAUUCAUGCUGACAAUGUAGAUCUUUCUGAUAAGUCAUUACAGGUGGAUAUUUCAGAUGCCCUUAGUGAAAAAGAUAAAGUAAAAUUUACUGUACAUACAACAACUACAUUACCGGAAUUUCAAAAACCAGAUAAUUUAGUUGUAAGACAACAUGAAGAAUUUGUUUGGUUACAUGACCGAUUUGAAGAAAAUGAAGAAUAUGCUGGAUAUAUUAUUCCUCCUUGUCCACCACGACCAGAUUUUGAUGCAUCUCGUGAAAAAUUACAAAAACUUGGAGAGGGUGAGGGUAAUAUGACACGUGAAGAAUUUAAUAAAAUGAAACAAGAAUUGGAAGCUGAAUAUUUGGCAACAUUUAAAAAAACUGUUGCUAUGCACGAAAUGUUUUUAACUAGAUUAGCACAUCAUCCAGUUUUUCGUAAUGAUCAUAAUUUAAGAGUAUUUCUGGAAUAUGAUCAAGAUCUUUGUGUAAGAGGAAAAAAUAAAAUGGAAAUGUUUGGUGGUUUAGUAAAAUCUUUUUCUACUACUACAGAUGAAUAUUAUUUAUCUGCGACAGUAAAAGAUGUUAAUGAUUUCUUUGAUCAAGAAAUGUCUUUUUUACAAACUUAUCAUCAUAAUCUAAAAGAAGCAACAAUUCGUGCAGAUCGGCAGACAACCAAACAUAAAGAUGUAGCAGAUUCGUAUAUUAAAAUUUCCACAAAUCUUUUGCAAUUAGCUACAACUGAUACUGGUAAAUUAGAGAGAUUUUUAACAAAAAUUGCAGAAAUGUUUGAAAAAUUAAGGAAAGUAGAGGGACGGGUAGCAUCUGACGAAGAUUUAAAAUUAUCAGACACUCUACGUUAUUACAUGAGAGAUACAGCUGCAGCUAAACGACUUUUGUUUAGGAGAUUAAAAGCUUUACAUGCAUAUGAAUCUGCAAAUCGUGCUCUUGAGAAAGCUCGUGCCAAAAAUAAAGAUGUUCAUGCUGCAGUGGAGGUUGCUGAGGCGGAACAAGCUCAAACGGAAGCCUGUGAAAAAUUUGAACAAAUGUCAGAAAAAGGAAAAGAAGAGCUAAUGGAUUUUAAAACGAGGAGAGUAACUGCAUUUAGAAAGAAUCUGAUUGAAUUAACAGAACUUGAAAUAAAACAUGCAAAAGCACAUGCGGAAUUGCUCAAAAAAUGUUUAACGGUUUUACGAGAAGAGUGAUGCAAUUUUAUACUUUUCAUUGCAAAGAUUACUAUGUAAUCUAUAUGAAGAUAACAAUCUAUUUAAAAUCAUAGCAAUGUAAUGGUAUUGUAAAAUAUAUAUUUUUUGUUAUCUAGAUUUA